AUGAGUGCUCCAGAACCUUUGGUUUUGCAAGCACUACAAGGCUACACUGAACAGUGUGAUAAGUGGCCUGGACCACGCGUUGUAAAGAUUUACAUAGCAUCGCCAUACAAUGAAUUUCGUGAGGAAAGACGACAUCUCCUUGAGUUGGUUGGCCCAGAACUGCAGUCGACAUACGACGAUCGACAUAUUGAGAUUGAGUUUGUUGAUAUGCACUACGGUACCGACGGUAAAGAUGAAACUAAUCCCGCACUUUUACGAUAUCAUUUGAAAGAAAUCCACUGUUGUAAUAAUACAUCGAAGGCUGGGUAUUUUCUUUGUUUCAUCGGCGGUGAUGCAUCACAGUACCAACCCGUUUUGCCCUUCAAAAUUCCAGUGGAUGUUUUCGAAAAACUCGUCAAAUCGGAUUCAGCUCAAGCGGCACUUAUACGUGCAUGCUACAGGCUUAGCGAUGAUAAAACCUACCAAUUGGAAGGCGACGAUAAAUGGUUCAGCGAUUUAAUUGAACGAGAAGAGCAACGCAAGCGCCUGUCAGUAAUUGAGAAAGCUUUUAAAGCACUAGCUCUUGAAACCCUAGAUGAUAAAGAUGGAGUCGCUGAUUUAUUACGAAGCCCAACUGAAAUAAAAUGCGAACUAGCAUUGGAAUUGUUAUCAAGUGGUAAGCAUCCAAAAGGAAUGAUAGCUAUCUUAAGGGAUAUUCCUGAUCUCGAACAUGAUGAUACGAAAUUGACUAUUUUAGCAUACAACAGAUUAAAAAACUUACAAAAGAAACUAGAAGAAGCUUUGCCCGACAACCAUGUUAUAAGAUUAGAGGUAUCAUCAGCUGAUUCAUCAAGGACAGACGUGGCUUCAGAUAAUGACGAAAAGCUCUCGCCAUUUAGAGAUCGGGUUCAAGCAGUUGUCAGUGGAUUGAUCGAUGAUAGUUUAAGUACUGAACCAGAUCAAGGACGAGGAAGAAAAAAGACUGUACAGGAAGUUUUUCUGGAACAUAUUACACAUCUUAGGAUAUGUAUAGAGCACAAUUCUCUUUACAAAGUGACAGUUAAAGAACUUGAAGAUACUACAAGGAAAAUAUUAAAUACUGUCAAAGAGAACUACGAGAACCAAGAAACGCCAGAUAAUCACAGCUAUGGAGACUAUAUAGACAGUGCCUUUGAUAAUUUAGAGACGGUUUUCGGAGCUAAAGCUUUUAGCAAAUUAGCAGGCUACAUUACUUGUUCAGAAUUUGGCCUUACUGAACUUGAACUUUUGGAGCUUUUAAUGCCUACUAGUAAUAGUGAAGCUGUUAUAAUGUUGCAAGACGCUAACUUUAACUUUUCUACAUUGUGCGUAACUAAACAUAUGAUGGAUUCUCUAAUUUUGGAGAACGUAGUAUCCGGUCGGUGCACGUGGCGAUGGCGUGCGGCGGCGGCUGGAGCAAGGGCGCGAAGACGUUAUGUUCGCGUUCAGAGCGCUUUACGCGAUGCCCAUUCGGACCUUGCCGCAUUACACUUCGCAAAUUUUUUGCAUGAAUCCGAUGACACGGAUACGUCGGAGGCGCAGGAAUUAGGAUGUGUUGAUGAUGAUGACGCGCUGCUUGAUUCCACACCAUUCCACUCGGCCAGUAGAACUGCUGCAGCCUUUACACAGCGCCAUGUCGAGGAAUCAUGGCUGCAUCUUUUGCUGGCUGGGGAUUUUUCGAAAUUGAAGGAUCUUACCGUCUGCAAUUUCGACUUCUUACUUGCUGCUGUGCAAACUGUAACAAUAUCGUAUCUGCGCUGCAUAUUAGAACAUGUCCGGUGCUAUAUCCUUGACCGAGACGUUGAACUGGUCUACGGCGCAGUGAGGAAAUCGAGUGACAUUUUGACCCGCGACCCGAUGCAAUUAGGAGCUCAGAUUAUUGCGUGGCUAAGACCGGCCAUAGCACGCCGAGGUGUGCUCGCAACUUUGGUGACGGCCGCGAUGGCAUGGUGUGACGGUUACGAUAAGCCCUUACUGGUGCCGUUGAAUGGAUGGCUGCAACCGCCUAUAGCAUCAACGGUCCGAGUCAUGUCAGUGGGCGGUUCUUCCCCCGGUGCGGGGGCUCGUCUGCUGCAACUCGCUCCAUCGGGACAACACCUCGUGCUUGCACCUUCAGCUGGCGACCCGCAACUCUGGCAUGUUAUGUCGAACUCGAGGGUCCACACCUUUAAAGGUCACUCUGGUCGAGUUUUGUGCAUGUGCGUGACCCGGGAAUCCCAAUACCUCGUCACUGGUUCUGAAGACACGAGUGUCAUCGUUUGGGACCUUCACACGCUAGCAGUUAAAAUCAAAGUCUUGGAACACAUAGCGCCAGUUCUGUGCGUUGCUGCGAUUGUGAACAGAUCUUUGGUCAUCAGUGGGGGAGAGGAUUCGGCUAUAAUCGUCACAUCUUUGGUAGACGGUGCUUUGGUGACUAAAAUCGACCAUCACAGAGGGCCGGUCACGUCGGUGAAAGUGAUACAAGACGGGGAGAUACUGGUCACCGGUUCCCAAGAUGGGACCGUUAUCACUUGGAACGUCGAAACCUUCACAAUUCUGAGCACGGUGUCCGCAGGCGUUCCGAUACACGCUAUGGACGUGACCGAUGAUAACGUCUUUCUCAUAACAUUACAAGGGGACAAUGAGCUACAUCUGAGAACUUUUAUUACAGGCACUUACUUGCACGCAUUAAAAAGACAUAAAGCGAAGGUGAAAUGUUUCUGCGUGGCCCACGACUCAUCCAGAGCUGCCGUAGGCUGUGCUGAUCAGCGCAUUUAUAUAUACAGCCUUCACAGUGGUCAACUACUGCGAACUUUAGCAGCUGCUCAUGAUCUAGCUGCGUUGGCGGUUGCAGACAAAGAUCACUUUUUGUUUGCUGCAGGCGGCCACAGAGUGACCAUUUAUUCAUUCCACACAGAAGAUAACUUAACAAACUUCAGACCAACUAAGCAAAUGAAAAGACGACAAACAAAAUCGACGACUAACAUAACUUUACUACAGGCAGAACAAAGUGAACUGAUACCUAUAAGUUGUUUAGAAGUGUCGCGUGAUGGACAGUUGGCCGCCAGUGGUUGCGCGAGAGGAUUAGUCCGUGUCUGGCACCUCUCAACCCAUAAACUGCAGACAACGUUAAACGGGCACAUGGGGCAUAUCACAUGCGUUACUUUCUCGCCUAAUAAUUUGCUAGUAUUGAGUGGCUCGGAAGAUAGAACUGUAGUUGUGUGGCAGCUAGCCGAUAAUUCACCGUCAUUGACUUAUAAGGGCCACUCCGCAGCGUUGCAGACAUUAUUGAUGAUGUCGGAUGGCCGGCGCGCCAUGUCAGGAGAUAGAGCCCGAAACAUUCACGUUUGGCUUGUGGACUCUGGAAUCAUAUUACAUUCUACAAACGGUCCAUCCGCUAGUAUCGAUGUUACGUUGAAUAUGAAGUUUGCAGUACUGUCCGAUGGUGAUAAUUCUAUUCGUAUAUGGGCGUUAACUGGUGGUGAUAGUGGUGAAGAAAGGCGUUCUGUGUCACAUGCAGAGCGAAUCACCUGCUUUGCUCUGACAGCCGACUCACAAAAUGUGGUGACUGGCUCCAUGGAUAUGUCACUCAAAGUGUGGCAGUUAGACGGAGGAAAACUAUCACAGGUUCUGGUGGGUCAUACGGAUAUAGUUACUUGCGUCGCCGUCUCUAUUACAAACAAGACUCAAGUUGUGUCAGGAUCUUGGGACUUCAACUUGAUUGUUUGGGAUAUUAACACUGGCUCAGACAUACAUCUGCUCUCGGGCCAUUUGGGCAAAGUGACAUGUGUUAAGGUUACUGGGGAUGGCACCAUCGCUGUAUCAGGAGCUGAAGAUAAAACAUUAAUAAUAUGGGAGACGAAACGAGGCUUAGCUCUCACCUCAUUAGCCCUCCAUGUACCAUUACUUGGAUUUCAAAUAACAAGUGACUCCGCUCGUAUUGUAGUUCAUCUACUAGACAGAGGUUGCUUACCGAUCAUAUGCCUGCAUAAUACUCCCGCCACAUAUGUUAAGAUUCCUACAUAUGCCGCACCGACAAAAGAUAUAGACGAACUUCGACCACUAGCUCCGAAACGGCCAAUGAGAAGGUUACUUAAGAAAGAAGUAUCACUUGAUACCUAUACGUGGCAGAAGAAAUACGGACACCUAACAUCAGCCGCCAUGAUGGCACAAGUGGAUGAACGUUUAAAAAGAAGAUUCUCCGUAUCAGCUUCAAUGGAGGAAAUAUCAAAAAUUCAAGAGGCUAAGAAUAAGGAUUUGGGUUCUCAGGUGAGCCUCGGUCCCGAAGAAGCAGCAAUAGCGCAAUCGCAACAUUUUGAUCAACUAGAAGCCCUUUGGAACAAAAUUUCACCACCACGACGUCGCUCCAACAAGUCUUUAUCAAAACAAAGUUCGCUAAUUGAAAGUCGUUUUGACUCUUCUGAUGAGGAACACACGCCUGUAGAAGAACAAGAGCACAUUGUUGAA